ACAAAUGCCGCUUUGUGUAUGAUAUGCGCCCUAUAUGUCGAUAUCAUGCACAGUCAUGAUAAUCGCAUAUCAUGCACAGUCAUGAUAAUCGCAAGCUGACCGUUUCUGGAGUGGUUUUGGGCGGAAUAAAUAAGUUGAUCAAAUCGGUGGGACAGGACGUACUGAUUCAUUUAAGCCCUGCACUUAAGUGGUGAUACUCAUAGUGUUUCUUCCGAUAGUCAACACAGCGAGGUUGGUGCCCAUAACAUAAACUAAGUCAUUGCAGAUCAAUCUACGCCGCCAUUCCUUAUAAGGAUGCCGAAAAAGACUCGCAUUGUUUUUUUGUCUGCAACUCUGCUUCUUCUCAUUACAAAUCUGAUUUGGGUGUUCCGACGUCUAAAUCGAGAGAAUGAAAUCACUGCCAGACAAAGGUCACUCCCCGUCGAUCGGAACUACAACAGAUCAACGCCACUCCCUGUCGAUCGGAACUACAACAGAUCAACGCCGCUCCCUGUCGAUCGGAACUACAACAGAUCAACGCCACUCCCCGUCGAUCGGAACUACAACAGAUCAACGCCACUCACUGUCGAUCGGAACUACAACAGAUCAACGUCGCUCCCUGUCGAUCGGAACUACAACAUAUCAACGCCGCUCCCUGUCCAUCGGAACUAUAACAGAUCAACGCCGCUCCGUGUCGAUCGGAACUACAACAGAUCGAACAGAAUAACCGCUCGAGAGAGCCACCACAUCUCCUAUAAACUUGAUGGAAGGAUAUUCUCGCAGAAAACCGUGGACAAAAGUUAUGAAAUAACAACCUGUGUGUUGCAUUCUUUCGCAGACCACGUGGGUCAUGACGUCGCCAAAAUGUUCCUGUCUGAACCAACUGACAAAACGAAGCUGAAAACGGCGGCGAUUGGAUCGAUUUGGCAUCGUGGACAACUCUUGGUGGUCAUUAGGGUCUGGCUGAACCAGGGUUUAGAGGAGAAAAAAAAGAACGCUUAUAAAUUUCAAGAUAGCUUUUUCUUCAUGCAGAAAUACAACAGUGACUUUACGCCAAUCACCAGGGGAGAGCUUUUGGGAAUCCCUGCUCCCAUCACACAACAACAAUUCUCAGGACCCGAAGAUCCACGGCUCAUCCAAGUCGGUGAUACGGUUUACGUCGUGUUUUCUAUGGUGUUGAACAAGUUCUAUGUAACUGGGUUUUUCGUUUGGGAUUUCAAAGAACGUAAGUUGUUUCGGCCAACAAUUAAGAAUUUCAAACUCCGAAGUAGUGAAAAGAACUGGUCUCCGAUCGUUCUUAAUGGUAUCAUCCACUUUGUUUACACUUUAUUUCCAUUGCGGGUUGUAAAAUGUAAAAAAGAUUUGAGAUGCGAGUUUAUCUUCCAAGAUACGGGCAAUUAUUCUGCGGACCACGAAGUGCUACGAGGUGGGACACCGUUCGAAAAAUACAGAGGGAAUUACUAUGUUUCCAUGGCCCACACCUCAAUUGGUAGCAGCCCGGAUAGGGAACUAAAUGCACAUCUUGUCUUGCUUAGAAUCGACCGAUGGCACAUUGUAUACGUUAGUGAUAUCUUUAAAAUCGACCAGGCGAUUUUAAAAACGAUUGGGCAUCCAUUUUGGACAUCCCGAACGUUUCUCUACCCGACUGGCAUUAUUGUUGAAAACGAUGACGUGAUUGAUGUUGCUGUCAACAUUGGUGAUACAAGGUGUUACAUGAUUCGAGUGUCGGGUGUGAAGGCAUUAUUCGACAAUGUGAUAGAAUUGAGUGCAGGAGACAAUCGAGAUUCAGUGAACUCUACGAGCAUUCAGGAUUAUUUGUUUAAAAAAAUUCAAAUUGAUAUAAAAGAAAAGAAGGACAUAUUCUAAAAAUUGUGGCAAUCGUAACACGGCUGUUAUUCAUAUUCUACUUUUUAUCAUGUUUUACUGGUGAAAGAAUACGCUGCUGGUAUCUUUUCCUUAUGCAACAAACUAGCAAAAUGUUUUCCUUUGCAAGAAGUAGGCAUGAUGUUUCCCAUUGCAAGAAGUACAUUGUAGGCAUGGUGUUUCCUAUUGCAGGAAGUAGGCAUGGUGUUUCCUAUGCAAGAAAUAGGCAUGAUGUUUUCCUUUUCAAGAAAUAGGCAAGAUGUUUCCUAUUGCAGGAAGUAGGCACGAUGUUUCCUAUUGCAGGAAGGAGGCACGAUGUUUCCUAUUGCAGAAAGGAGGCAUGGUGUUUCUUUAUGCAAGAAAUAGGCAUAAUGUUUUCCUUUGUGAAUCUGACUGAAACUGUGCCCUAUACAAGUAAACUCGUACCCAGGGACCAGGAAUCAUUUAAAGGAAACCAGGAGCAUGAGCAUAUUGAAGCCAGGAUAGGUGUGUGGUCUUAUUUCAACUGUAUUCACAUUUUAGAAAUGUUGGCCGAAACCCCACCUUUCACUGCCAUGCCCAACUUCAUAAUCACACCAAAGCUAAUAAGUUAAUGUGGUUAAGUCGGGGUCCGGGGUGGGCUGAGAACAAAAAAAAUAUCUGCCCACCCCAGCCCCCAACUUAACCAUAUCAACCCAUAUUUUUCGUUAAUUCCCUAAGGGACGUCCCUAGUGGAUGUCCCUUUUGGGGACGAAGUAUUGGUCUAGAUGGUGGACGGCGGGAUUUAUGAAUUUAUUCGCUUUCACCGCCCACAGACGAUGUUGCUGUGUUGAUGGUCGCAUAUUAAAAUAUGCGAAUGAUGGCUGAAAGUGGAAUUAAUUCUCAAUCUCAGGUUGAUACUAAAUCAUCACAGAAUUAUACUUUUUGACAAUAUAUUUAGGAAAAUGUGGUCUCUGCUGUUAUGUUUGGAACUCGUAUUUGAGAGGGCCAUAUCAAUGCGCGAGUGACGAUUUGCGGGUAUGCUGCACAGAAGUCAUUUUUUCUCGGGCAUUUGUUUUGGAAUGUUGUAGAAUGUUAUCAUGAUAUUGGUAAAUGGUUCUUUCUAACACAUGUAAAAUUUGAUAAGGAUUGAUCUACAUGCAUACUAAAAAUUAGGAGAUUCCAUCUGGCGGUUAAGGCGGUGGUAGACAUACCAAUUCUAGUUUUAAUAUAUAGAGUAUUUUUAUUAUCAUGAAAUGGAAGCUAAAGCAAUAAGCCGCUUUUGGCCAUGCCCAUAAGGGACUUUCGUUUCCUGGUUUGUCAACGGAUGCUAAGACAUAUUUGUAUAAAUCUAUAUUCCAUCCUUACGCUAUUUUUCGGUAUGGAACGCCUAAAUUUUUCCUGCUUUGGACUCAUUCCAAGGAAGUGUUUUAAAUCGGGGGUGUGGCCUCGGUAAGAGGUCCCAUCAUUCUACACUGUUAGUGGCUCUCAUUAUUGAGAAUACAAGACAUAUUGUUGAGGGCAAACUGUGUUCCUCGUAUAGGAGUAUGUUUGUGAGGAAAAUUCCUCACAAACAUAUGUACUUACUUACGAAGUUUUUACGGUCGGGUGAACGAGUUCCCAAAACUACUCUUGUUCGUGUCCUGGCUUUUGCCAACGAUCCGGUCAGAGUCGGUCUCGCGGAUUUUAAGCUUAACACUACGGGCUACACCCUGUGAUGCAACCUCCUUGCGCAUGACCAGAACUAUUUAUCGAUGUUGUUCCGAACCCUGCUUGAAUGAGGAAACAGCAACAAAGCCUGCCAAUAGGGGGCCCUGCAGACAAGUGGGCCAUGGUUGUAAUGAGAAAAGCCAUUUCCCGGAUCAAUUCAUCCCUUAAUUUCUUUACAUGGGGAAAUAGCACCAAAAAUAAUGUUGUAUUGAUCCUUAAUUCUAUUUUGAUGAGUUUUAGGGAGAAAAUCAACAAAACUAAAUUUUUUUUAGGAAAAUGCACGGGAAGUGUACCUUUCAGUACUGGUGCUGCCAUCUGGAUUUUUAGUUCUGCGAGUUCCCAUUGCAAUCUGAAUGUGGUGAAUUCCCUCAUCCACGAAACUGCAAGCCUUUUUGUGAAUUUUUUUAUUCCAAAAAUUCAAAAAAGGUUGUCAUUUAGCAUUUCAAGUGUUUGUUUGAAAACAUUCUUCCUAAAACAAAGUGAUUUUGAGGAGUUUUAUGCGCACUAUUUUAGUGGCGUAUAGAAAAUAGCUGUGUGAUCAGGUUUGUGCGUGCAGACGAUGAUUUUGUCCCUUUAACAGUUUUAAUCGGCUCAAAAAUGGAAAGGAAUAUUCCAUUUGGAAAGUUUAAACAGGAUGACAUUACAGCGGACUCCAAAAUCUUUAGUAAAUCGCCACAUUUACGGCAUUUUGUUCAAGUAUUCUUGCCGCAUACAUUUGUGUACAUCAUACAUGCAAUACACGUGCAAUGGCAGCCAAAACUUAUUGUAUCAUGUACUUUUAAUUCUCUUAUAAUAUGGUGGUUGAAUAAAAUUAUCAUUAUUAUUAUUAUUG